ACGACGCUUUUGCGACAGCCGUAAGUGAGCGGCGGCGGCCGGCGGAGUGGAGAGGAGUGGGCGGCGGCGGGGCCGCGGGCGGCGGCGGCACGAUGAGGCCGCAGCAGGCGCCCGUGUCGGGCAAGGUGUUCAUCCAGCGCGACUACAGCGGCGGGACGCGGUGCCAAUUCCAGAGCAAGUUCCCGGCUGAGCUGGAGAACAGGAUUGAUAGGCAGCAGUUUGAAGAGACUGUCCGAACACUGAAUAACCUCUAUGCAGAAGCUGAAAAACUUGGGGGCCAGUCUUACCUGGAAGGAUGCCUCGCCUGUCUGACUGCCUAUACCAUCUUCUUGUGCAUGGAAACGCAUUAUGAAAAGGUUCUAAAGAAAAUUGCCAAGUUCAUUCAGGAACAGAACGAGAAGAUUUAUGCUCCUCAGGGCCUCCUUCUGACAGACCCCAUUGAAAGAGGACUAAGAGUUAUUGAAAUUACCAUUUAUGAAGACAGAGGUAUGACCAGCGGAAGAUAAAACUGUGGAGUCUCAGCAGAUAGCUCAACAGUGGACUUGCUGUAUCAGAGUUCCCCUACCUCCUACUUCAGAGCAUCAUUCCUUUCUCUGCUGCCAGAUCCACAGUGCCAUCUACUACAAGGACUAACUUCCUAAAACUGCUCCACAUGGGGUGACCUAGCUGGUCAGCAUCCAUUUUGUGGCAAACUUCUUAGGUUUUUUUUUUUUUUUUUU